ACGUCACUCUCUCAGCUCUACAAUGUAGCAUUCGUACCAACAUAGCACAAUUGAAUCGUAAUAUUUUCUGUAAACAAUCGAAGACAUUUGUCGCGGCUCCUAAAAAAGUGUGUGUAGUAUCCGCAUCCAAAUGUUUACACAAUAAAAUAAGACCGUAGCGAUAACAUCGAACAGAAUUAAUGUAAAUUGGGAUGUGACCAACACAUUUGAGAUAUCAUUGUGUUAUCGCCGACGAAUGCUGAAGAGUUUUAGUCAACACAAUUUUGAUGGAAGACCUGUUACAGCGCUUUUCGUAGAAUAAGUCGAUAUUGCGACCAUACCAGGAAAUAUAAAAUGAGUGAUCAGGAUCUACCCAACAAUGUACAUCCGUCGAUAGGCACGCGAUCGAAAAGUGGCGAUCUAUUCAGUUCGUCAUCGAUUUCACCUUCGACAAGUUCCAGUUCGCAUGGAUCUGCAAAGACAGCGGUGUCCGAGUGUCUAGGAGCGUGGUUAAAUUAUUUACAAAUUUUGAACUCGUUGUGCUCCUCCGGACAUAGACUCGCCCAAACUAUUUCAACCUUAGAACAAUUGGGCCAAUGUGAGCAGCAGUCGCAUGGAUUCCAAAUACCGUCUAUACCUCAACCGCCAGUAUCUAGUCAAGUAUCGACACAAUUCGUAACAGCAUGGGAUGAUUUGGCAAGAGCCACUGCCGUUGCGACCAGCACCGUCAAAUCGCAUAUCGUUAGUGUUUUACAAGAUUAUGUUGUCACAUCGCUGGUGUCAUUCGAUCAGGAUUCCGAAAAAGUUCGAGAGCACAACCAAAACAUUGUUAUGGAAACCGCCCAGACCAUGAUAAAUAUUCAACAUCAGUUUUGUGUCGCUAGCUACGAUUCUUUCUCUUCUCUGAUGUGCUGUUUUAUCUGUCAAACACCGGUCGGUUUUCCUCAUGACUCCGAAUGUGCUUUGCUCCAACAACAGCCACAUUUCCAGCGUAACCAAAAUGCAAUGGGCGAUCCUCGCUCACAAACUCCAUCUCCACACUUCGGCUCGUUAACCAUGAACUUUCCAAAGAAUGAACGUGACAUCUAUCGAAUGCCGGCGGAUUCACAUCCUACUACCAGACAACUGGCAUUCGGUUCCGGUUCAUCACAAGCUUCCGAUCACAAUUGCGCGAUGACAGAAAUCAGAGGUCCGAGUCCGAGUUUCCUGGAAAAUAUUCGCGGCCCAUUACCGAAUCCCGGCCAUCUGCUCGGUAUGAAAACGCCAUUCAAUCGAGGCGGUCGAAGUCCGUUGAAUUUUCCGUUGUUUCCAUUGAAUGGACAACGAAGAUGGUCGGAAGCAGCUGCCGGUGAAGUCAAGGGUGAAUCAGUAUUCGAUGCCGAAAGUCAUAUGCGACGAUGGUCGAUGCCGUGGGAGGCGUCGACGUCCGUUAAAAAUACUGUAACUUGGCAUCAAACGAAAAUUAUGCCGAUAUCCAAACUGGCCGUACCAACUUCAAAAUCAAACAGUCAAAGUACUACGCCAGAUUCGAUGUGGCAGUCAUCUAUUACUAGUCAGGAUGGUUUAGCCGAAGCAAUUCAAUUAUUAUCGUGUCGACCGACACGCAUUUAUCCUCCUCAACCACCAUUAGGACCACCAUUUAUCGAAGAGCCAAAUGCAUCUGCGAACAUUGCCACAUACGAAAUGUGGUCGGACAGAACACAAGAACGAUUGCCCAGCAUUAAAUUUCCUCGAGAACGGGAUGACGAUUGAAUAGACCUAGAGUAAUUUGACUGCCAAAAUGAAAUGAUUACCAAAACGCGCAAAGAUUAAAAUCAACAUUUUGCGUUCGAAGUAAUAUUCGACUAAAGACCAAAAGUUGAGUGUAUUUUGCAUUGAAAAAAUAGAGUUCUUCCUCGGUAGAAAAAGUUUUUAGUCUCUUCGUAGAGCCUUCGCGAAAAUACAUUGGUCCAAAACUAAGCGCUUUCGUAAAAUUAAUAAAUUUAAUUAGAGUAAUGAAAUACGUCACCGGUAAACAUAACAAUGAUAUUACACACCUUUUAGCUUUAAAUCAUUAUACAAAUGUGAAAUUAGAAAUAA